GCGAGCGAGCCCCGACGGCCGCAGUGGGUGGAGGGGGGAAAGUGGGGGAGAGUCGGGGGGAGUAGAGGGAAGGAGCCUCACCCCCAGGACGCCUUCUGCGCACGCGCAUCUCGGUGCAUCUGUUGGGCGGGGCUGCGGGGCCUGUGACACUGCACGCUGAGCUCUGUGAUGUAGCCGCUUGCGGCGACUGCAAGCAGCCGCGGCGCGCCCGGCCCGCCCUCUUCCGCUGCCGCCGUGGGAAUGGAAACAUCUGCCCCACGUGCCGGAAGCCAAGUGGUGGCGACAACUGCGCGCCACUCCGCGGCCUACCGCGCAGAUCCUCUACCUGUGUCCUCGCGAGACAAGCUCACCGAAAUGGCCGCGUCCAGUCAAGGAAACUUUGAGGGAAAUUUUGAGUCACUGGACCUUGCGGAAUUUGCUAAGAAGCAGCCAUGGUGGCGUAAGCUGUUCGGGCAGGAAUCUGGACCUUCAGCAGAAAAGUAUAGCGUGGCAACCCAGCUGUUCAUUGGAGGUGUCACUGGAUGGUGCACGGGUUUCAUAUUCCAGAAGGUUGGAAAGUUGGCUGCAACAGCUGUGGGAGGUGGAUUUUUUCUCCUUCAGCUUGCAAACCAUACUGGGUACAUCAAAGUUGACUGGCAACGAGUGGAGAAGGACAUGAAGAAAGCCAAAGAGCAGCUGAAGAUCCGUAAGAGCAAUCAGAUACCUACUGAGGUCAGGAGCAAAGCUGAGGAGGUGGUGUCAUUUGUGAAGAAGAAUGUUCUAGUGACUGGGGGAUUUUUCGGAGGCUUUCUGCUUGGCAUGGCAUCCUAAGGCAGAUGACCUCAUGUUCAUUGUUCCUGGUUUUUUCCAGCCAGCAGCCUCUACACUCCAUCAUAGGACAUCGAGUCCCUCCUCCUCUUCUCCCAUGCCUUCCUCCCUGCCAUGGCAAAUCCGAGUGGCUUCUAUAAGCAUCUGCUGGUACAAGUUAAUGUGGCACCAUGAGCUUGAUGGUGGCAGAAGAGACAAUAGUCCUUAGCUCUCCUCCCAGUACACCCCCUACUUGGUCAGUCUGUAGGUCAACAAGAAGGUUCCUUUACCCCCAUGCAAGACACAUAUGAGAACACAUUGCAAGAUGGCUGACCGUGGAGGAUGAGUGGAUCCUGAAAGGUUGUCCCAAACUGUUGAUUUGGAAAAGAAAUAAGCACAUAGAUAACCUUAUUGUGUGCUGCAUGGAAAGGAACUGAAUACAUUUGCCUUUAAGCAUGAAAGAUUUUGGUAUCUUGGUGUCUACUUUCUUUUUUAGUUGGUUUUACAUUACAGAAAGAGCUAUUUAAAUGUGUUAUAAUUAUGCCGACAAAAUUGGCAGCAUAAUUACUAUAAUUGAAAAAUCUGAUAUUGUCCAGGAAUGUUUUCUACCGUACAGGAUAAUGUAUCUCAUGGCUGUUUCCAAAGGGUUUAUUUAUUGUAAAACAAGUGAUUUAGGUGGGAAAGGGAAGAUUUUGGAUUUUUAUUUCAUAGAAAAGGUUUUAAGCUUUGAAAUGUGAAUGAAAUAUUCUUAUCAAAACAUUAGGGGUGGCCAUAACUCAUCUGUGCCACUUUUACUAUUUUUUUUAAUCUAGUUAGUAUGAAAUACAACAUUUAAACCAGAAUUUUAAAGAAGUAGCUUUCCAGGGAUUCAGAAUUAAGAAAGAUAGUGAUAGGACAUGAGAAAUAAAUUUCCAUCAAGUGUAAUCUACCGUCUCAUGAUGACCACAACCCCUAGAAUUAUUCUUUAAAAGCUUACACACACACACACAUGCACACAUGCACACACAGAAUCUUAGCACAUUCUGCUGUAGUGGCAUGUUACCAUGUCUACAGUCCCAACUAGAAUAUCAAUCAGCUUUCAGAGGGCAAGACUUCUGUCUUCACCAUUAUACUCGGGGCCUAGCACUUAAUAGGUGCCGAGUAUUUGUUGAAUAUAUGAAUAAUGACUUUAUAGGAAGAAAACUCACUAUUAAAGGUUAGUUUUACUCAGAAUUGUUAAUCUUGGAGAUGAUCUCUUGUGAAAUAUGAGUGUGUUUCUAAGGCCAUACAUUUAAAAAUGUUUGCAUUUUAACCUGUCUUGAGAAUGAUGUAUUGAAUUUGAAAAUCAAAACUA